GCUUCCCGUCGUCCUCGUCCCAACCAGACUUCAAACUCUCUCUACUCAACUCCUAGAUUUUUAUUAUCUUCCUAUACACAACUUUGUUUUGUCGCUUUCAGCCAACCAGUCGAGUCGUGUUUCAUAUCUCUACUCCUCUUUCAGUUAUACCUACCUACUAGUCUUGAUCAUUAUACAACUACCCUUAUCUACACCUCCCUCCUACCGCAUUCCCAUUGUCUCUGCGGCUCACCCCACCUAACCUCCCACACUUCCCUCCCACGUUGGGCCACGUUUUUUUCAACGGCAUCUCCUCGUCAACAGUCCAGUCCAAUGUCUCGGGCCUAAUCCAACGCCACCGAUUGAUUUCUGUGUGGCGUUGGACUAUCUAGACAUCUCUAUUGCGACUUCUCACCACGUGAGAAGUGUUCCUCCACCCAGUCACCUCACCUCACCGCGCAUCAUCCAGCUGCACAUGCUAUCCUCAGUUUGAUUUCCAAUACCUCCCACGCCAGACACCCAAUAACCAAUAUCCCUUCUUCCACCAUGGCAACAAAUACUCAGACCUUCGCCAUCCCCGACUCUCACCAAUAUGUCAGUCAGCAACCCUCCCCUGCCAGUUCUACCUCUCCAGCAUCCCCCAGGAUGAAUGAUUACCUCCAACAAACUGCCCCGAAUCCAUACAAACAGCUGCGACCUCUGAAGUCUCCCCUCUAUGUCCCUGCAGUCCUGCGGCCGACCGAACACUUUUCAAGAAUCUCACCAAUGACACCACCCAAAAGUUUACAUGGAUCUUUGGACAACCUGCAGGACAAUGAUGUCGCCCAAAGUCCAGAAUCAGACCAGUUUGCCUUCAACGGAGUUGAAUCUGAAUGGUUACAAGACGAAGAGUUGGGAGAUGUUACUGGGCCGCCAACGAGAGAGCACUGGAAGCCUGACGAAGCCUCACCGUCUUGUGACUCGCCUCAAUGUCGAUCAUCAUUCAACCUGUUUGUGCGAAAGCAUCAUUGCCGACAUUGUGGUCAUAUAUUUUGCGCAACCCACAGCACCUAUGCCAUUCCCUUGGAUCAGUCAGCCAGAUUCCACCCAGAUGGUGUUCAGUCACGAGCAUGCGACACAUGUCACCGACAGUACCAGAAGUGGGACACGGCACGGUCAAUCUACCGCAAAAACAGCCAGAACAGCCAGAACAGCAGAGACGACAGCAACGACAGUGGCCCUCCGACCCCUCUGGCGGCACCGAAUGGCCAUCGUCGAAUGAUUUCAGGCGGGAUUCGAGGCUCUAAGCCAGCGGAUCCGGUUGCUAAUAGCGUACCCAAAGAUUGGCAUUGGAGCACUUUUUAAAUGGGGCGGACUUCUCCACCUUUAUCACGUGGGACCAUGUCUUCGGUCCGAUCUACUGAUUAGGACUGGACCAAUUUCUCGUUCAUGCACGACAAGUUUGGUUCGCGAUUUGUUUUCUUGAUGAGAACUUGAGGACUUUCACAGGCGGUCUUUGUUGCCGCCUGAAGAAUGUCAUGAAAUGACACAGUUAGCCAUGGACGGCACCAAUUUGGGAUGAUGUUCCAUCACCAAAACCCUGUGCUUUCUCGCACGAGGUAGGCACACCGACAAUAGCCACCCACCUCUCGCUGACCAGACCAGCCCGCCACAUUACUUGUGGCGCCUGGCCCCCACACAUUUAAUCCACCAAACAACCAAACACUCACCAUCCAAUCAUCUCAAUAGCUGUAUUCGGAGAGGAUAUAUACAACGGUGGAUCUCUGCCACACUUUGUGCAAUGAACCACACAAGCGAUCUGGCUUAGCGACUUAUCAAAUACCCAGUUUUCGGUUUCGGUUCUUAAUGCACGGCGUUGGAGGAAGUUUGAAUUUGUCUUUUGAUUUGAUUUUCAGCAGUUAACCGGUACUGUACAAUCUGGAUUUGGGCCAAAUUAGGGUCGAAAUCUAGAACCGUCUCUGUUCCUUUUCCGGAGCUUGGUCGGGGGCUAUACCAUGGGAGGGAUAGAAGUUAGAGAAGUUCGAAGCGGUGUUUUUCGGUGACGCUGAACUUGACGUCCCUGGACCUGACUUCGAAUAUGAUAUGCUGAUACGAGCUCAUCGACCACAUGUUAGAUAGACAAGAUGAACAGAACAGCUUUUGAGCGAGAAGGAUGGAUGGGCGGAUUGCUUGGUUGCUUAGGUACUUCUUCACCGAAUGUUAUUACUCGGGUCCUGUGA